GUUUCGGUGUAACAGAUAUGAUCUGAAGCUCCGGCCGGGUCGAAGCUCCACGACACUCCUCUCACCGGCUGUGUCGUCUGUGUGUGUAGUUUUAUUUAUUAAUAUCUAGCUAGAGGUAUAGUGCUGCAUAAUAGUGCUUGUCCACAUUGUCUCACCAUGGCUGACAACAUAGGAGGCCUUCAUGCAAAAAUGGCGAAUGCGGAAAAAGCUAAUGCUGUGAACCUUCAGAUCAUCGAAAAUCAUGUUCUCAAACCGACUGUUCCCAUUGAUCUAUCCAAGUUAUCCGAACAGGAAAGAUGGAAGAUAGAGCAUCAACGGUUACAUGAGAAACACAAAGGUCAUGAAGCUAUGCAUGCUGAAAUGGUGUUAAUACUGAUCGCUACAUUGGUUGUCGCUCAAGUCUUACUGGUUCAGUGGAAAACACGGCACUUCAAAUCUUACCAGAUGAUGACAUUGGUAGGCAUGUGGGCGAUACCUGUUUACUUCUGUGUGACUCUUCACUGGUGGCGCUUCCUGUUAAUAUGGACGCUAUUCUCCUUGAUAACUGCCUUCAUAUCUUACAGAGCAACUCGCAACCCAUUGCCAGGAUCAACACCAAGACUUGUCUACAAAUGGUUCUACUCAAUCUACAAGAUCAGUUAUGCAUUAGGUGUUUGUGGAUAUACUGUUGUCAUGUGUACAUUUCUGAAUUUGAAUCUACUCUUCCUGAUAAGGACGGAUAAAUCAAUGGAUUUUGGUCUUGUUCUUCUCUUCUAUGGCCUUUAUUAUGGAGUACUUGGACGAGAUUUUGCUGAAAUAUGCUCUGAACAAAUGGCUACGCGCAUAGGGUACUACACAAAAACUGGCUUACCAGGGAGGUCCUUGGAUGAUAAUAUAUGUGCUGUAUGCGGGCAGAAGAUGUACAUACCAGAUGAAGAUGAGGAGGUUUCAGAGAGAGUUUAUGAACUCACAUGUAAACAUAGGUUUCAUGAGUUUUGCAUACGAGGUUGGUGUAUUGUUGGGAAAAGGCAGACGUGUCCAUACUGUAAGGAGAAAGUGGAUCUCAAGAGAAUGUUCAAAAAUCCCUGGGAGCGCCCUCACGUAUUGUUUGGUCAACUUUUAGACUGGAUCCGCUACCUUGUUGCCUGGCAACCCGUUAUCUUCUUGAUUGUACAGGGAAUCAACUAUAUACUAGGACUCGAAUAAUUACACUAGUAGG